ACCUUCCGUGAUCAUGGUGGCCGGUAUCAGCAAACGUCAGCAGUUCCGCAAUGAGCGGGCACUGCAAGACCUCAUUCGGUCGGUUCCUGGCAAUGACCGAUGCGCCGAUUGCCAAGCAAUGAAUCCAGGAUGGGCCAGUUGGAAUAUGGGUAUUUUCCUGUGCAUGCGGUGCGCCACGCUGCACCGCAAGAUGGGCACCCAUAUCUCAAAGGUCAAAUCCUUGAGUAUGGAUAGCUGGACAACGGAACAGGUCGAUAACAUGAAAUCGCACGGGAACAACCUCAUGAACAAGAUCUUUAACCCUCGGAACGUGAAGCCCCCUGUUCCUGCUGACGUCGACGAGUCCGACGCAUGCAUGGAACGGUUUAUUCGUCAGAAGUACCAGUACCGGACCUUAGAAGAAGGCAAACCAAAACCCCCUAGUCGUCAAGGUACUCGCGAUGAUCGUUCUCCAGAAGGAUCUCCUCCUCCCCUUCCCCCCAAGCCUGCCCGGCCCUUUGGGUUCGGCUUGCGAUCGGCCUCGUCUACGACCAGCCUCCAUCGACUGUCCAACCGGCAAGCCAUGUCCCCCCGCUCUGAAACCUAUGAAUCGCACAGAGCAGUCUCACAGGGUAUGGGGGCUUCUUUUGGCAGUAGCAAUGCAUCCCAUGAGUCUCAGAUGGCCACAUUGCGGAGUAUGGGCUUUACCAAUGAGUAUCGAAACUCUGCCGUUUUAAAGGGCUUGGACGGCAAUCUCGACAAAUCAAUCGAGACUCUGGUCAGACUGGGGGAGGGUCCCCCAUCAUUGCAGGGCAGAACGCCUGUUCAAACAACCACGGCCAAUGAUACUGCUAGACAGCCAGCCUCCAGCAAUCCUUUUGAUCAGUUAGACUCCAAGCCGGCUCAACCUGCUGGGCAGUCCUACAACCCUUUCGAUGUUCCUACACCGCAACCUGCUGCACAGACGCUCGAGGCGUCGUUCCAACACCUUCAGGUCUCGCAACCGUUAUUCCCACACUCAACCGGGGGCUAUCCCAACCAACAGCCAUCUUUCCCUCAGUCUCUUUACCAACAGCCGAUGACACCCCCUGUGAUGCCAACAAUCUCCCAAGGUGCUGUUGUCCAGUCACCGCAACCUGUUGAUGGUGGUCAUAACCCGUUCUUCCAAUCCGGUAGCUUCACGGCAGCUCCCAACCAAAACCCCGGUGUCGCUCAGCUGCAGACAAAUCCUUUUUUCACCCAACCCCCUUCGCAACUCAACUCGAUGCAACCCCCAAGUCAGGCUUCGGACGGGUAUCCUCAUCCUCCUCGACAUGCCAACACCAUGCCGGCCAUAUCAUCCACCUCCCCGUUCGGUACCGCGUCGCCGUUCCAGCAGCAGCAACAGCCGCAACAAAUUCAACCGCCCCAUCUCCAAGUCCAACCGCCCCAGCAGAUGCAAGCAUCCCACAAUCCAUUCCAACCUAUGACAGCGCCGCCAACCCCGCAAAGUGCGGGGUACCAAGUGCAAUCACAACUUGGCCUGCAGGCGCCCGCGCAGCAUCUAGCCCCACAGCCAACCGGCCGCAUGGACAAGAACAGCAUUCUGUCGUUGUACGGCAUUUCUCCACCACCAUCGGUAACGUCAGAGCACUCUCAGCCCACAAAUGCAGCAGGGGCGAUUCCCGGCCCGGGAACAGCACCGGCACCGGCCCCUGGCUAUGCCACCACAAUGCAACCACAACAACCCACAGACCUCUAUUCCACAGGCACCCGGAACCCCUUCCUCACCACUCAAGCGCCUGCUGCUGGACUUCCCCAACAGCAACAGCAACAAGCAUACCUCCAACAACCCCAACCCCAA